ACCUUUACCACUCACAUUUAACAGUGUGCUGUAGUGCUUGAGGAUGGGCUCUAGAGCUUAACAGAACCAGAUUCCACUCCUGGCUGCAUCGUUGACUGGAUGGAAAUGUUGGACAAUGCACUUACCCUUUCUGAGCUUUAAUUUUCUCAUGUGUCAAAUGUAACUGGAUAAGAGUGACUUCAGACUUCACGUGACGCCGGUGCUGGACGAACAUGGCGGCGGCCACUGGACCCUCGUUUGGGCUGGGGAAGGAAACCCUGAAGGUGCCACUGGCGCUCUUUGCCUUGAACCGGCAGCGCCGGUGUGAGCGGCUGCGGAAGAACCCUGCUGUGCAGGCCGGCUCAGUAGUGGUCCUGCAGGGCUGAGAGGAGACUCAGCGCUACUGCACCUACACCGAGGUCCUCUUCCGCCGGGAGUCCUUCUUUCACUGCGCAUGCGGUGUCACCGAGCCAGGCUCCUACGGCUUCAUCGACGCUGACACUGGGAAGUCGGCCCUGUUUGUGCCCAGGCUUCCUGCCAGCCAUGCCACCUGGAUGGGAAAGAUCCAUUCCAAGGAGCACUUCAAGGAGAACUAUGCCGUGGACGACGUCCAGGACGCAGAUGAGAUUGCCAUUGUCCUGAAGUCACAGAAGCCCUCUGUCCUCCUCACUUUGCGUGGCGACAACACAGACAGCAGCAGCGUCUGCAGGGAGGCUUCCUUCGAGGGCAUCAGCAAGUUCAAAGUCAACAACACCAUUCUUCACCCAGAGAUCGUUGAGUGCCUAGUGUUUAAGACGGACAUAGAGCUGGAGGUUCUGCACUACACCAAUAAAAUCUCCAGGGAGGCCCACUGUGAGAUUGAUUUCUAUAAUUAUAUGGAAGCAUGUGAAAACCCUACCAUUUCCAAGGAUCUGACCAACAAUUACAGCAGGAAAUGUGGUCAUCUAAUUUAACUCUUGAACAUCAUCAGCAAGACUAAAAGCUUGGAUGCAUCCCAAUUA